ACCCAUCAGCACAAACUGACAAGUCUCCUUGGAUUCAUCUGUUCGGUCAAGAUGAAGUUCUCCACCGCCGCGCUCAUGCUGUCUGGCCUGUCCAUGGCCGCAGCCGUUCCCCUGCAGCAACGUGAGGUUGUCAACAAGCCUCGCGGAAAAUGGUUCGACCGUUUCGUGGUGAUCAUCCUCGAGAACACCGAUAAGGAGGUAGCCAUGGGCAACGAAUACUUCCUCAACUUAACUCACUACGGCAUGCUGCUUGGUGGAUACCACGGCACUUCUCAUCCUUCUCAGCCUAACUAUAUCACUAUGGUGGCCAACACCAUCGCCGCCGGUGUUUAUGACGAUUCCGACCACAACUCCACCGAACAAAGCAUCGUCGAUUUGUUCGAGCCUGCCGGUAUCACAUGGAAGGCGUACAUGGAAGGUUACAAACCGCUCGCGGGCGGUGCUUGCAACCCCUACUCCAAGGACCAGGACACUCUUUACGUCCGCAAGCACAAUCCUUUCAUGUCCUUCAACAACAUCCGCAACAACACCGAGCGCUGCAAGAACAUUGUCAACGCCGAAGAAAACUUCGCCAAGGAUGUUGCCCUCGGUGCCCAUGCCCCCAACUACAUGUACUAUGUUCCUAACCUGAAGAAUGAUGCUCACGACACCAACGUCUCCUACGCUGCCGUGGACACUCAGCGGGUCAUUGACACCAUGUUGAACAACGCCGAGUUUAUGAAGAAUACUUUUAUCCUCUUGACCUUCGAUGAAAACAACAUUUACACCAACGACAACUUCGGUGACCCCAACUCAAUCUACACUUUGGCUCUCGGUAACGAUACCUUGAAGUGCUACGAUUGCGUUGACAUGAACUACUACAACCACUUCACCCAAGUCGUCACCCUCGAGCGCAACUGGAAUCUCAGCCAAUUCGCCGGUGAAGGUUGGGACCAGUGGUGGAGACCCUUUGGCCAGCUCCGUGGUACAAAUGAGGAUAUCUGUGGCUUCGCUCCUUGCAGCGAAUACUACGAUGGCAAGACCCCUGCUCGUGCUGACGCUAACUGGAAUGACCAGGGUCUCUUGAAGAGGAAGAACUAGAGUGAGCUGAAGCCGACUUAUUAGGGCUAAGAAGCUCACGGGGGUGAUAGUGGAGGGUGUAAUCAAUGUAGUUAAUGACUGUCAUGAAUAUCUAUAUAGUAUGAUAUGACAUGACAAUGGAAGCUAUGUGAAUAUGU